AUGAAGCGUUUCUUCACUUCGGCGGUGGCUAUGGCGGCGGCUGUUGCUGCUAUCCCCGCCGACCACUUAUUAAACGAGAGCCCCACUCCGAUACCUAUUAUUCCAACUGGAACGGCGACCUUUCAAGGAACCCCCGUGCCUGUGCCUGAUGAUCAAAAACCGCCCAACGGUAGUGGAUCUAAACUGCCAUGUGUCACUUGCAGCCCAAGCGGUUCUUCUAGCUCUGGGAGCUCCGGCAGUCCCGGAGGUUCAAACGGCUCUAAACUCCCCGGUAUUUCUUACGCUCCAUACCGUGGCGACCAUCAGUGCAAGAGCGGAGAUGAGAUAAAGCAAGAUAUUUCUGACCUUGCGGGCUCUUACUCUCUCCUCCGUAUUUAUGGCACCGAGUGCGACCAGGUUUCCAAGAUCUAUCCAUGUGCCAAAGCCAACGGCAUGAAGCUGUUCCUUGGUAUUUGGGACAUCAACGAUGUCCAAAGCGAAGCCAAGUUGAUCAUCGAUGCUAUCGGUGACGAUUGGGACAUCGUGGACACCAUCAGCGUCGGAAACGAACUCGUCAACAAUGGCGCUGCCACCCCUGCACAGGUCCUUGCCGCAGUCGACGAAGCUCGUGCAAUCCUGAAAACCGCUGGGUAUAAUGGCCCUGUCUUAACUGUCGAUACGUUUGUGGCUGUCCAGGAGCACCCAGAGCUUUGCGAGAAAAGCGAGUAUUGUGCAAUCAACGCCCAUGCCUUCUUUGACCCUCACACUUUUGCAGAUGGUGCUGGCAAGUGGCUCUCUGACACCGUCCAAGUCGUCAAGUCGAAGCUAUCCAGCGACAAGCGCGUUGUGGUCUGCGAGACUGGCUGGCCCACAAAGGGUGAUAGCAAUGGUAAUGCUGUUCCUGGAUUAACUCAACAAGGGUCAGCUCUCAGGGCCAUCAGAGAAGCAUUUUCCGAUCACCCUGAUGACCUUAUCCUUUUCUCUGCUUUCAAUGAUCACUGGAAGAAGCCAGAACCAGCAACCUUCCACGCUGAGCAGUUUUGGGGCAUCGACGGCAAGGACUCGGCUUCUGAGUAGAGUAGAGCUCGAAGAUUUGUUGUGUCAGCUAAGCCUUCGUAUCUUUGAACGGUUUGCGGCUUGGUUUUUGUUGUGAAACAUCGUUCGAUUUGGUGUUUUUUUAUUGCUUUGUGUUGUUAUUGUUUCGGGGCUACGGAUGCUGAGUACCUUGUGUUAUCGCAGGACUAUACGUGUUUGGUACUUAGCAGGAGCAUGUGGGAGGAUUGUCUACUUCUUAUCGGGUUUUGACUGCCUCGUUAUUUCACAUGGCUGUCUUGUUUGAAGAGUGUGAAAAGGCCUGUGCUGAGUAUUUUGUAUGAAUUGAAACUUGAUUUUAUU